GAUAUGAAGUAGAUAUCACGCGCAUAAGAGCGAGGGGAGGAGGGGGGCAGGCACAGGCUGGACCGCAGCUGCCCCGCUUUCGCAAAGUUCUCCAUACAGAAGAGAGGGCGCGGAGGCCGGUUGAGUGAGAGGGACGUUUUCCUAGCGGCUGCCAGUGUUUGGGGCAACACAGCGCAGAGCGAGAGAGAGAAGCCCCUCUCCAGCUCUCCUCUCCGUCACUUUCGGGCUCUUUUCAGACCGAGGAGGAGCAUAAUGGCGAAAAUGAGGGUGUCAUACGAGUACUCGGAGGCAGAGGAUAAGAGUAUCCGACUAGGACUGUUCCUCAUCGUCUGUGGCAUCCUGUCCCUCUUUAUCCUCGGGUUCUGCUGGCUCAGUCCAACUCUACAGAGCAUGCAGAGCAAACCGGCCAACUGCACGGUGGUGUCCGUGCUCAGACCGGAGGAGAUGUUCGAGUGCGUGUUCACGUGCGGGGCGGACUGCAAGGGGACCUCGCUGUAUCCGUGUCUGCAGAUAUUCGUCAAUAAUUCCGAGUCGAACUCCGUGGCUCUACUGCACUUUGAUGAACAGCAACUGGUGCUGAACCCAAAGUGCUCGUACGUUCCUCCAUGUGAGAGGGACAACCAGAAGAACAAGGACAACGUUCUGUGGUGGGAGGACUACUGGACUAAAGAGGUCAGCUCCCAAUCCUUCACCUGUUUCUUCAACCAGCAGAGAAGGCCUGACGACGUACUGUGGCGGCGCUCCCACGACGCCAGCGUCCUCCUCCACUGCGUCCUGUGGCCCAUGGUGAGCCUGCUGGUGGGUACCCUCAUCGUCCUUCUCACCGUGUGCGCCCGCAGCCUGGCCGUGCGCGCCGAGGCCAUCCAAAAGAGGAAGUGCUCGUACGAGCCGGCAGGCAACUCAGAGCAGGGCAAGACGCAGCCCAACACCAACACCGCCUCCUUCCGGACCCUGCCGAUGUUCGCUGUCCCUGUCCGACGCAGAGACCGGGAACAGGAACACUAGAUGGAUGGAUGGAUGGAUGAUGACUGUGGUCUCAGUGGUGGCUGUUGUGCGAUGAGGACCUCAUAGAAGCGUGGAAUGUUUGAACUUCCAAUUAUGACUGUUCUGAACACUCUCAUUCCGCUGGACUGGACUCGAGGCUCAUGCACCAGAAAUGCUUGUCUGUCUUGUCUUGGUGUGUUUGUCUUGGUGUGUUUGUCUACUUGUGUAAGAGCCAUUUUGUCAGUUCAACUCUCAGCUGGUGAGGGCCUUUUCUAAUGCUAUGUGUAUUACAAUGCGUUGGUUAUGUCUAUGAAUAAGCAAAAAUCCAAAAAGGACAAUGCCGCUUUCUGUCACUGGUCAUGUUUUGGACAGGUCUGUGUUAUGUGUUGAGUCUCUGUCUCUGUGCUGAUUGUAAUGUUGUUUGCGUUUACUUCACUAGAUGAGCUCGGUCUCAAAGUUCAGAGUUCACUGACUUACAAACAGGACAUGUCUGUUACCUUUGAACGCUCUUUAACUAGACUCUUCAUUACAAACCCCUGGUCGUGUGAAAGGAGGGAUUGUGAGGACGUCCCGGGCCAGGACCACCUGAGAAGAAUCUUCAACACCAGUUACACAAAAUGUCAGUGCUUUGUUCAGAGAGAAUACAGUGAAAGGAAUUCUGGGAGAGUCCUUCUAAUCUCUGGGACGACAGAGCCAGAAGCAGACCUUGGUCUGAUCACCCCCAGCAUGAUGUACGCUCUUCUUCUCUAGGUGGUAUUAGGAAGUGUUUAAAUGCCUAUCUUCCAGUUACUGUUCUUUAACACCCCGGGCGACGAUUUAAACAAAUCGCAACAAUGCGUUCAUUACUUUUAAAGGCAUAUUACGGUUUGUUUUAAUCCGGUUCCCCCUCUCUCUCCUCUCUGUACCACCUGCCUUUUACUAAACCUGUUUCUAACAAGGCUUCUUUAAGGCAUCUGUCCAACUACAGCCAAUCCAACCGCCAUGGACGGAAUAUGUCUGUUGUUCAUUUUCAGUUGGUUGCCGCAGGAUAUGCUUGAACCUAUUAGGUCCCGAUUCAAUAUGUAGACUGGGCUACGGACGGUUGGUCUGGGUUCAAUAUGUAGAUUGGGCCACGGACGGUUGGUCUGGGUUCAAUAUGUAGACUGGGCCACGGACGGUUGGUCUGGGUUCAAUAUGUAGACUGGGCCACGGACGGUUGGUCUGGGUUCAAUAUGUAGACUGGGCCACGGACGGUUGGUCUGGGUUCAAUAUGUAGACUGGGCCACGGACGGUUGGUCUGGGUUCAAUAUGUAGACUGGGCCACGGACGGUUGGUCUGGGUUCAAUAUGUAGACUGGGCCACGGACGGUUGGUCUGGGUUCAAUAUGUAGACUGGGCCACGGACGGUUGGUCUGGGUUCAAUAUGUAGACUGGGCCACGGACGGUUGGUCUGGGUUCAAUAUGUAGACUGGGCCACGGACGGUUGGUCUGGGUUCAAUAUGUAGACUGGGCCACGGACGGUUGGUCUGGGUUCAAUAUGUAGACUGGGCCACGGACGGUUGGUCUGGGUUCAAUAUGUAGACUGGGCCAGGGACGGUUGGUCUGGGAUAGGUAGUUUGUCUGGGAUAGGUAGUUUGUCUGUAGUUGGAUAGAUGUGCAGAUGCCUUGACUGUAGCAACUUCCUCUGCAGUCUGUCUUCUGUCUUACCUUCUGUCAUUUAAUGGUUUUAGUUUUUUUCACGAUGCAAAUUGAAUGGUUUUUCUUACCACAGUAGCAGACUUUUUGCACCGUUUUGAAUAGUUUGUUGUCCGUUUGUGUUUCCGCUCUCCGAUUGGUUUGAAUAGUUUGUCGUCCGUUUGUGUUUCCGCUCUCCGAUUGGUUUGAAUAGUUUGUCGUCCGUUUGUGUUUCCGCUCUCCGAUUGGUUUGAAUAGUUUGUCGUCCGUAUGUGUUACCGCUCUCCGAUUGGUUUGAAUAGUUUGUCGUUCGUAUAUGUUACCGCUCUCCGAUUGGUUUGAAUAGUUUGUCGUCCGUAUGAGUUACCGCUCUCCGAUUGGUUUGAAUAGUUUGUCGUUCGUAUAUGUUACCGCUCUCCGAUUGGUUUGAAUAGAUUGUCGUCCGUUUGUGUUACCGCUCUCUGAUUGGUUUGAAUAGUUUGUCGUCCGUGUGAGUUACCGCUCUGCGAUUGGUUUGAACAGUUAGUACACCCAGUUAGUGUUUUCCAUCCGAUUGGAUAAAAGGAGAAUGUGAUCUGACUACAAAUCGUUACACCUACCUACCCUGCUCCAAGAAAAGGUUUGCUCUCGACUGCGUUAAGCGGACGUACAGGAGUAUUCACUUGUGCAUUUUCUACAACAGAAGUAGCUAAGACAUUGUUGUCCUUGGCUAAAAUAGGAAUGAUAUUUCAUACAUAAAGCCAUAUGCUGAACAUGUGAUUGCAGUAAGAGGCAGCUCCAGGGAGGUUAUGUCCUCUUACAAUAGGAGCUGUAACAGUAGUACGAAACUAAUAUAUUUUGUGUUGGAAAGAGAAUGUUUUUUUAUGAAGCCAAUCCAUUUAAAACGCCUGCUGCAUAAUGAUGAGUAAUAGUGCCUGAUAGAUAUCUUUAAUAAAAAGAAUAAGAGUUA